AUGAGAGACAAGAAUGAUGGGUUCGUUUCUGUCAUGGACGUGGAUGACGAGGGGAGGUUACGAAAUGUAUUUUGGGCUGAUGCUCGUAGUCGAGCGACCUAUGAGUAUUUUGGCGACGUAGUGACCUUUGAUACUACGUACCUAACAAAUAGGUACGGGAUGCCUUUUGCUCCAUUUGUUGGUGUUAACCAUCAUGGACAGUCCAUAUUACUAGGGGCAGGAUUGCUUUCGAGCGAAGACACACACACUUUUGUGUGGUUAUUCCAAAUGCGAUUGGAUUGCAUGAAUGGUCGUGCCCCUUGUUCCAUCAUAACCAACCAAGAUCGAGCAAUGAAAAGUGCUAUUGCCAUUGUAUUCCACAACACUCGUCAUAGAUAUUGUUUAUGGCAUAUCUUGCGCAAACUUCCAGAGAAGUUGGGGUCUCACGCCAUGUUCAAUGCGGGGUUGAAGACUGACAUUCAGACAGCAUUAUAUGAUUCACAGACCAUCACUGAAUUUGAGGAGAGUUGGGGUGAACUAGUUGAGAAGUAUGAUCUAGUUGGCAAUAAAUGGCUCCAAGCCUUAUACGAGGAAAGGUCUUUUUGGGUUCCAGCUUACUUGAAAGGUGAAUUUUGGGCUGGUAUGAGCACGACCCAAAGGUCAGAAAACAUGAAUGCAUUUUUCGAUGGGUAUGUGCAUUCCGAAACGACAUUGAAGGAAUUUGUUGAUCAAUUUGAUAAUGCACUUAGAAAGAAGGUUAAGGUCGAGACAAUUGCUGAUUUCAAAUCUAUCAACCAGACUAUUCCCUGCAUAUCACACUUCAACAUUGAGAAGCAAUUACAAUCCGUUUAUACAAAUGCAAAAUUCAAAAAGGUUCAAAGGGAGUUGCUAGGCUUAAUGACUUGUAAUUGUUCGUUGGUAAGCACAGAAUGGUCAAUUUUAAAAUACGAUGUGUUGGAUGAAAUUUCUACUGACGAGCUCAUUAAAACAAUCAAUUACUCAGUAUACUUUAACGAAAAGGAGGUGGAUGUACGAUGCACGUGUGGACUAUUUGAAACGAGGGGGAUUCUAUGUAGGCAUGCACUUAGAGUUUGUCAGUUGAAGAAGAUUAAAGAGCUGACAAAUGUAUAUGUGUUGGAUUGCUGGAGAAAUGACUUAAAGAGGAGAUACACAUUACUCAGGAGUAGUUACGAUGACCAUGGUGACAGAGAGGAUAGUCGGAAUUAUGAGCUUGUUGUUAAGAGAUGUUUGAAAUUAGCAACCAAAAUAGCCUCAAAUAAUGAAAAAGUCCAUGCAUUCUUACGUGUUGUUAAUGACUUUGAGACAAAAUGUGAAGACUCAACACUAGACUCGACACUCCAACAGAUGAAGGAGAAAGCAGAUGUGGUAUUGGAUAAGGGGAAGAAGCUAUUAAGCCCAAAUAUGGUACGAGGAAACGGGAGACCCCAAGUAAGAGGAGGGUUCCACCAGUGGAAAAGAUGGCCACAAAGAAAAUUAAACGAGUAA